UUAUGAUACACGCGCUAAUAUUUAUCUUUGAAAUCAAUUGUUUUCUACAGAAAUUGGUAUUUCCAAUGAAAUAACAUUAAUAGCUAUUAGUCCAUUCAUUUAGCAAUGGCAGUCUGUCUCACGGAGCCGCUUUGUAAGCCGUGUAUGUACCAUGUAAAAUUCAAAGUGGAGUUGCACGUGAAGAAAUCCCUGGUGCCCAUCCACCUGAGCUGCGAACAGGUGGGGCUGGAGAUGUUGUGCCUGUGCGGUCAGCUUGACCUCCUUAUCCGUGCUCAGGUUCACCAGUUUCAAGAGCAGCUUAAACGGAAUUCCAGCCCCAUGGAAUCAUGUGCUCUCCAAAGACAAGGAGCUGAGAUCAUAGAACAAAUGCAUCAGUGCCUUGACCACCUGCCCAAACCUGCGCCAGAACUCGAAGACUACCUGGAUAUUGUGGGACUGUCUACUAUGUUUCCGCGAGUGGAGAUUUUUGUCAUACACGGCAGCCCUGUAGACAUGCUGGAGAAGCCAGCUUUGGAUGGGUACUUCCCUCACAUCGGGAGACUUAACCAGCUCCUUGUCCUCUGCCAACAACUUGAGGAUGAUGUACAACAUCUAGGAAGUCACAAAUACAUUGCCCAUCAGCUAUCAGUCAUUUAUCAAGUUCUUAGUUCGUUGAAGGGCAUCUUGCCCCUCGCUGGUAUAAGGAAAGACAUUGAGGCUCACUUCAAAGAAAUUAAAAUGGCUCUGGUGCCUGAGGAAGGAUCCAAACUUGACCCUCAGCUGCCCUCUCUCCACGUCAACUGGUAA